GAGUGUAGAGCCGUAAAACGAAAUCUGCACUCUAUAAAAUGUGAUUUAAGAAGGCUUAGUGAAUCAUUUAUCGUUCAUAAGGAAAUAGGGUCGUAAGUGUUUAUUUUGGUUAGGUGGUUCCUAAUCAGUAUGGAGAUGCUUAAUUCCUUCUCAUUGCAGUGUGCCAGUGUGGUAUAUCCAACUCAUUUAGUUACUUGAGAGUUGAGUGGAAUUGGGGAUGAUAUUGAUGGCCAAGGUUCUCCUAAAAUAAAUAACUUUGUUUAUAUUUUAAGUCAGCUUAUAACAUCAAUAAAAAUGUCAUUAACUGGUUCCUCUAAUAUAGUUAGUGAUUGGACAACACCGGACUGUUGUUAAACCGGUUUGUUGAUAAAUUUUAUAAUCGUAUAUAAUAUUUUUAGAAGUGGAUAGUCUGUAAAUGGUCUUUGAUUGUUUGUCUUGAUUUUUAAAAGUGGAACGAAACUGAACCGGAACUCUGUCGGUUUCAAUAGCUGGGUUGAUGAUGAUUCGUGUAGGGUUUAGAAAUUUGCAGUUGGAUAGCUCCUGAGAUUUGACAAGGAACUCAAUUAGCUGGAGCCAAAUCAAGAAGACGAUGAGAUCGAUUUUGAUCGCAAUUUCACUGGCACCAAAGCGAUUUGUUCAUCAAAAUCUCCAUGGAACCGGUAAUCCUCUAAGUUAUCUUCCUUCCUUCUGUUGCUGGACUCGAGCUUUUUCUGGUCGCAGUGAUGAUGAUUACAGAGAUGGGUUUCUAGAAGAUACUAAGAUAGAAGAUGCAGUUGGUUUGUUCAGUGAGAUGGUGAAGUCUCGUCCUUUCCCUUCAAUUAUCGAGUUCAGUAAACUGUUGACUGCAAUUGCAAAGUUGAACAAGUUUGAAGUGGUAAAGAUGGAGAUGCUGGGGAUUACACAUAAUAUCUAUACAUACACUAUUUUGAUUAACUCUUUCUGCCGCUCCUCUCAGCUCCCUGGCAAGAUGAUGAAACUCGGGUAUGACCCCAAUGUUGUCACGCUUUCUUCUCUACUCAAUGGAUACUGCCGCUGUAACAGGAUCUCCGAGACAGUAGCUUUGGUUGAUCAAAUGGUGGAAAUGGGAUGUCAACCUAAUACCAUCACCUUCAACACUCUAAUUCACGGGCUCUUUCUCCACAACAAAACUUCUGAAGCUGUGGCUUUAGUUGACCGGAUGGUUGCCAAAGGAUGCCAACCGGAUCUGUUUACUUAUGGUGUUGUAGUAAAUGGGUUAUGUAAGAGGGGUGAGAUUGAUUUGGCUCUAGAUCUGAUCAAGAAGAUGGAGAAGUUGAAAAUUGAGGCGGAUGUUGUGAUCUACAGUACAGUCAUUGAUGGUCUUUGCAAAUACAAACACGUAGAUGAUGCACUCGAGCUCUUCAGUGAAAUGGAGAACAAAGGGGUUAGAGGGAAUGUUUUUACUUACAAUUCCCUCAUUAGCUGUCUCUGUCGUUACGGAAGAUGGAGCGAUGCGUAUCGACUACUCAAAGAGAUGAUUGAGAGAAAGAUAAACCCAAAUGUUUUUACUUUCAGCGCAUUGAUAGAUUCGUUCGCAAAAGAGGGGAAACUUUCAGAGGCUGAAAGUUUGUACAAGGAGAUGAUCCAAAGGUCUAUAGCUCCUGAUAUUUUCACAUAUAAUUCAUUGAUCUAUGGGUUUUGAAUGCACGAUCGAAUAGACGAGGCCAUGCAGAUGUUUGAUUUGAUGAUUAGCGAAGAUUGUUACCCAGAUGUAGUUACUUAUAAUACUCUCAUAAAUGGAUUCUGCAAGUCUAAAAGAGUAGAAGACGGCAUGCAACUCUUUCGUGAGAUGUCUCAAAGAGGAUUGGUUGGGGGCACCAUCACUUACACCACUCUUAUCCAAGGGUUUUUUCAAGCUAGGGACUGUGAGAAUGCUCAAAAAAAUUUCAAACAAAUGGUUUCUUGUGGUGUGCCUCCCAAUAUUUGGACCUACAACAUUCUGUUAGAUGGGUUCUGUGAUAACGGGAAGCUAGAGGAAGCGUUGGUCAUAUUCAAGGAUAUGCAAAAUAGUGAACUGGAACUUGGGAUUAUUACAUAUACUAUCGUCAUCGAGGGGAUGUGCAGGGCCGGUAAAGUGGAAGACGCCUGGGAAUUAUUCUGUAGCCUCGAUCUUAAAGGAGUGAAGCCUGAUGUUAGAACGUACACUAUAAUGAUCUCAGGAUUCUGUGUGAAACGCUUAAAACAGGAAGCUGUUGCCUUGUUUAGGAAGAUGAAGGAAGACGGGCCUCUCCCAAAUGACCGUACCUAUAAUGCGCUAAUCAGGGCACAUCUGUGGGAUGGUGAAAAAGCAGCAUCAGCAGAACUCAUCAAAGAAAUGAGGAGUUUCGGGUUUUCUGCAGAGGCUUCAACCUUUGGCUUAGUCACUAAUAUGUUACAUGAUGGGAGAUUGGACAAAAGCUUCCUCGACAUGCUUUCUUAACCACUGAGAGAAGAAUUGCGAGGUUAAUUAAUUUGACUGCUUCUAUUCUUGUGAGCAACGUCUCGGUUGCUGCUAUGAAAUCCACUUGUUGACGCAAUAUCAGUGCUCAAAUGAAGUAAGAUAAGCUCUUAUAAAAUUUUUUUUAUAGAUUCCAAAGGAUGUUGUUUUGAGUUUUUGUGUUUUCAUCAUUUUUCUUUGUAACUUGGUUGAUUUGACGUAACAUGGAAAAUAUUGCGGAUAUAAAUAUGAUGAUGGGCUAAUGAUGAA